AUGGACUCUCCAGUCCUCAAUCAACUGCUUCGGCAGUUAUUUCGACAUCCCGCCUGUCAAUCUUUCAAAUCUACUCCUUCCCUCUCCGCGCGCCGACCCGGUUGCGUACGCCUGUCCCCAUCCCAUCCGCACCACCGUCAACAAUGUCGACCCUUCCUCCGGAAAGUCUCCGCCAACAAGAAAGCCUCCAACGAUGGCACGAUCUGGAACGAGCGUCGCUUUAUCACCAGAGACAUCUCGGAGGAAUUGCAGAAAUACCCGAUGGUCACGGCCAAAGAACUCCGUCAUCACCGCGAGCGGCCGCGGCAGGUGAAGAUGUGGGGACGGGAGUUCAUCGAUGACAGUUUGUACAAUCUCCAGUACGGCUACUUCUCCCAACAUGCCACCAUCUUCAGCCCCGGGGAGCCCUUCAUCUUCAACGACAUCGCCGAUGGGCCCGCGUUUCACACCAUGCUACAGAAUCGUUACACGGAGUUCGAGGACCGGUUAGACGAAGCCGAGCCCGACGUCGCCCGCCAGCUGUGGCAUACCCCGACGGAGCUCUUCCAACCCUACUACGGCGAGACGAUUGCUCGGUACCUGGUGUCGAACUAUAAACUGACGCUGUACCCGUACCACGAUCUGAUCAUCUACGAGAUGGGCGCCGGAAACGGCACGAUGAUGCGGAACGUGCUAGACUACAUCCGCGAGGUGGACUACGAGGUCUACCAGCGGACGAAGUACAAGAUCAUCGAGAUCUCGCCGGCGCUGGCGAGUCUGCAGCUGAAGAACCUGGUCGCCUCGGCCGAGUCGGCCGGCCAUCGGGACCGCCUUGAAAUCAUCAACCGGUCAAUCUUCGACUGGAACACCUACGUGCACUCGCCGUGCUUCUUCCUGGCGCUGGAGGUGUUCGACAACUUCUCCCACGACAUCAUCCGCUACGACCUCAAGACGGAACAGCCGCAGCAGGGCGGGGUCCUGAUCGACGCGGACGGCGAGUUCCACGAAUGGUACCGCGACUACCUGGACCCGGUGGCCGCGCGGUUCCUGCGCGUGCGGCAGGCGGCUGCCCGGCGCCCGUUCCCGUCGCCUCUGGGGCCGAAGUACAUGCGGGCGCUGCGGUCGUACCUGCCGGCCGCGGGCCAAUUCUCGCAGCCGGAGUACAUCCCAACGCGGCUCAUGCAGUUCUUCGACAUCCUCAACAACUAUUUCCCGGGCCACCGGCUGGUGGCGAGUGACUUCAGCUCGCUGCCGGACGCCGUGCGCGGGCUGAAUGGACCGGUGGUGCAGACUCGAUUCGAGCGGCGCACCAUUCCUGUGACGACCCCUUAUGUCCAACAAGGAUACUUCGAUAUCUUCUUCCCGACCGACUUCAAUGUGAUUGAGGACAUGUACCGGGCGAUCACCGGCAAGUUGACGCAGGUGGUGAGCCACGAAGACUUCAUGCAGCGCUGGGCGUACAUUGCAGACACGGAGACGCGGAACGGGGAGAAUCCGAUGCUGGCGUGGUACAAGAACGCCAGCAUGCUGAUGACUGUUUGA